UUAGCGAUCUUGAUUCGAUUCUCUGGUUUAUUCUUGGCCAAAAGUCGGAGCUCCAUAGCCGCUUGCUUUUGCUCGUCAACCGAACAGGAUUCAAGAUCCAAAACAAGUUGCCGAAUCAGAUCGUCGGAAUUUUCCGAAGCAGACGCGAGAAGAAACCGCCGGCUCUGAGACGACGACGACGUCGCCAUCGUGAACUCGCCGGAUCUAUCGCUGUUGCAAUCACUAAAUGCAAACGAAUGAUCAUUGACACUCAACUCCCCCAAGCUCCUCCCCAUAUAAGCGUAAUUCGCCGGAUUCUCAGUCUCCAUAGCUGAUGAAUAAUCUCUAUUCUACCACCGUAUAUAUCUCGCCGGAGAUCAAUUAUUCAGGUCUCUGGUUGUUUGGAAGAAGCGCUCUGGGUUCCAACGAACCCAGGCGCUGGGUUCCAACGAACCCAGGCGUGGGUUCCAACGAACCCAGGCGCGGGUUCGAUGUAACUCAGUGUUUUCUGUGGGUUUUGUUGUUUGAUGAUGAUGAAGAACUCAAAAUGUAGAAACUGAUUGAGGUGAAUAGAUUGAUUGAGAUGUU